AUGCCUCAGCGUCGGGACUCAGCACUAGAUCACUCGUUCAACAGUAGCUCAGGUUCUGACUCAAUGGAGUCUGACUCUGAUGAGGAGCUUGCGCAAAUUCAUACAGCUAUUGCUCCUCUUCUGGACUCUGCAUCUCCUCAAGAGCUCCGUCAGGCACUUGCAAUCGCACAAAAGCUCUUACUCAACACAUGCGGCCGGUGCAGAGAGUUGUUGAAGAGGAAUGCCCUCCUUGAGACUUCAGCUUCUCAUGGCCAGAAGAAGCUCACAGCGAAUGAACUUGCCCUAGCAGUGAAGGAAGACACUAUCAAGGCUCAUGGACGCAAGUACUCCAUGACUCACUGUCUAUGGAUUGACAUGCACCUGUUCCCUUUGCGCACCUGUCCCAAUAUAGACCUCUCUAGCAAAGAGCGCUGGCUCUCUCCGCUUGCUAUCGAGGAUGGUGUCAAAGCCAAACUAUUCCUCUUCAUUCCUGAGACUGACCAUGAGUUGAUGAGCCACAAAAACUUUGGGCGCAGUUUUGCAAAAGGCGUCAAUUCUGUUCGCUCCGAAAUGGUUUCUGAUGUCAAAUCUUGCGCUGGCGCGAUCUUUACCAUGAGCUUGGACAUUUUUUCUCGCAGGCUACAAGCGAAGUACUGA